CUCGAUCGCCUAAUGACUCCGUCCGAGCCCUAGGGCUAUGAUGCGAUGCCGUAUCAUUAUUCAUGGGGUAAUGGGUAAUGGGUGAUAGCGUCAUUUCCGCUGCCUUGUUGCCUCUGCCCAAUCCCAUCUCCCCGGCAAGGCACCUGAGUCAAUCGAGCUGACGAGCUCUCAUGCAAUCUCUGUUGCAGCUUUCGGCAGAUGUCGUCGUUUUCUGUUUCAAGCUCGUGGGUCUUUGUCAGGGUGACGUGAUGCCACCGGGAGAUCAGUCAAGGCAACGACGAUCUCAAAAAACAAUGAGCGAAUUUCCUGCCCGUCUGGACUCUGGACUUGUCGGAGCUGUAGCUGAGCUCCGGGGCGGCAGCCGCAGUCACCAGGGGACCUUGUGUGGGCUUGUGGGCGAGAGACUAUUUCCGCCGAAUCGCAGAAGAUCGGUCGACCGCCAAGGUCCUCGACACCGUCUGCUAACUCCGUGGUGCUCGUCAAGCUUCAGAGUAGGACUAGAGAUUGCGUGAGAGUCAUCCGUACGCAGUAGACCCUAUAGAAAUGUCACUCGCCCGUGACUGUUGCAUAUUUUGGCUUUUCUCUUGUGAAAUGGGAUUUGCUGCUGAUCUGGUGUCGAUCACGUCUUUAGCAUGUCGUUAAAUUCUUUAAUCUUAGGUGAUUUUCAUA